AUGAAUCGCCGGACUGAAGAGCAGCUUCAGGGGCUGGAGGACGCUGAUAUCAUCAAGUUCACACUCUCUCCUGUCUCUGUGAAGAGUGAAGAAGAGGAGGAAGAGAAACCUCAGCCCUCACAGCUUCAUCAAACUGAAGAGAACAGAGACGCAGAGUAUUUGAAAACAGAAGCUGAUGAAGAGGACUGUGGGGGACCAGAACCAGCCAGCAACUUUAAACCAGAUAGUGAUUUUAAACCAGAUGCUGGUGACAGAACGUCACACUUCUCUGAAGAUGAGACAAAAGCCAGUGAUGAUUGGAGGAAGAGCAGCGAUCUUCAGGCAGGUAACAGUGGAUGUAAUACUGGUGAUAAAUCCUUUAGCUGCUCUGACUGUGGUAAACGGUUCAACCAUAACUCAAAUCUGAAGAGACACAUUAGAAUCCACACAGGGGAGAAACCCUUCAGUUGUUCCGUCUGUGGUAAAGGAUUCGCUCAAAGCUCAACUUUGACUUCACACUUAAGAGUUCAUACAGGAGAAAAACCUUUCACAUGCUCAGUUUGUCAAACUAGCUUUAAUGACAGGGGCACUCUGUAUCAACACAUGAGAUUGCAUACUGGGGAAAAACCCUUCAGUUGCUCAGCUUGUGGUAAAAGAUUUGCACAAAAAGGAAAUCUGACACAUCACAUGGCGGUCCACACGGGGGACAAACGAUACGGCUGCAUCUUUUGUGACUUAGGAUUCACUGGACUUUAUGAGCUCAAAAACCAUCAGUGCGUUGGUCGUCAGUCCUCACAGCUUCAUCAAAGCCAAAGUGAAGAGAACAGAGACGCAGAACAUUUGAAAACAGAAGCUGAUGGAGACGACUAUGGAGGACCAGAACCAGCCAGGAACUCUGAUCCAGGUAGUCAUUCACAACGUGAUCCUGAUGAUGAGACGUCAGACUCCUCUGAGAGUGAGACUGAUGACAGUUGUGAUUGGGAGGAGACCAGGGAACCUCAGUCAGGUUCAAAACCUCAGAAAAACACAGUAGAACCUGAAAGUGAUAACUCCUCUGAAUGUGAUUCAAGCAUUGGACAGGACCUGCAGGAACACAAAGGAACAGAAACAGAAGUGAAACCAUUUAGGUGCUCAUUUUGUGGUAAAAGAUACGCCCUGAAGGGAUCCUUAAAGACUCAUUUGAGACUUCAUUCGGGUGAAAAACCUUUCAGCUGCCCAGUUUGUAAAAAAGCCUUUCUCCGGAGAGGAGUGGUUAGGAUGCACAUGAGAAUCCACACAGGGGAGAAACCCUUCAGUUGCUCUGUCUGCGGCGUAAGAUUCACACAAAGCUCGUCUUUGACUACACACUUACGAGUUCACACAGGAGAGAAACCCUACACAUGCUCAGUUUGUGAAACAAGUUUCAGUGUCAAAAGUGCUCUAACUCAACACAUGAGAAAGCACACUGGUGAAAAACUCUUCAUUUGCUCCUUCUGCGGUAAAGGAUUCUCAAGAAGCACAACUUUGACCUUACAUUUAAGAGGUCAUACAGGGGAAAGACCUUUCACAUGCUCCGUCUGUCAAGCAGCCUUCGGUCUCAGAGCCACAUUGUCCCAGCACAUGACAAUCCACACAGGGGAAAAACCCUUUGUUUGUUCCUUCUGCGGUAAAGGAUUUGCACGAAGUGCAACUUUGACCGCACAUGUAAGAAUUCAUACAGGAGAAAAACCUUUCACAUGCUCAGUUUGUGAAAAAAGCUUCAGUGACAAAACCUCUUUAUCCAGACACACGAGAGUCCACACAGAACAAACUAAUUAGUUGUGAGUCACUUGGCUUAAUAGAAGUAAACUAGAACAUUUCUCAUAAAAACUUCUCUCCACAGACAGAUGUAACCACUGUGACUUCAGUCAAAGCACUCCUGUUUGGUCAAAUUUGUCCACACAACAAGCAUUUGUAGAAGACUGGUGCUUGUUUACAAGACUGUGAGCCAGUUGCCUUCACAAAUAGUUGUGUGUUAUCGAUUUAUACUUUGAUUCAUUCUUUUACGCUGAAGUAUAGCAAUGCAGCGCAGUCUUAAAGUGGUGUGGAUCUGAGCACUUUACGCGACUAUUUUUGCAUGUUCUUGUGCAAUUUGCUAAAGAACCGGUUGGGCUGACCUUUGCAGCAACUCUAUCCCGAUCUCAUGAUUUGUUUUUGGACAUAUUCUGCACAAUAAUGAAUAAAGACUCAAAACUGUGACGUUGAAAUAAGUCGUGCUUCGUCGUUUCAGUAAAGAUGGAGUCACAUGAUCAUUUUAAUUGUUAUUUUUGUGUUGUUUACAUUUUUUCAUCUGACCUGUGUUUUUUAUUACAUGUAUUCAUUGAUUGAUUUACCUAUAUAGCACAACAAACCUCCAAGUGACUGCAGACACAUCCCUCCGGACCCAGCUCAGCUUCUAGGUUCCCUUAAAUAAAGUCUUAUUUAAAGUCCUUUAAACAUCUACUUUAAUGAUCAGCUUCAAGUCAUUUGAAAGAAAUAAGUACAUGAUGACUAAUCUCCUUCCUACCAGGUUCUUUAUUUCUAUGAAACAGCCUUUAAAGUUGUAUUUUUGAAGAGUAUUUUGACUUGUUUAAGGUAAUUUAUAACAUUAAGUUAUUUUUUAUUUUAUUUUAGCACAGUGACCUUUCUUCUCCUGUCUUUUUGAAAGGAGUACUGAAAACUAAUUAUAAUAUUCUCUCGCCUUAAACAUUUUCAUUUGUGUAGCAGGAAUAAAUGAGUAAUUACAAUGUUUUAAUGAUUAAAAGUGUGUUAAUUUAUGACAGUAAUCAGUCGUAAACUUAUUGUAAACCAUGUGAAGUUACUAAGAAAGACUUGUGGUGCUUUAGUAUGUGUGUUGAUUUAUCAAAACCAAAUCAUUUUGUAGCAUCAAUUGUAACUUAUUCAACAGCAAGAAAAAAAGUCAAAUAAAAUGUA